AUGCAGUCCAAUAACAUUUUCGUAGUGAUUUUUCUAGUAAAGUUCCCAGUAGGGCUUAUGAAAGAGAGUCCAAUAGUUCUAGAUAGCCAAAUUACAUCAGGUAUCAUCAAGGAGCAAAUUAUAAUGCAACCACCCUUUUACGGCUUUAGGGAAAUUGCUUUGGAUAAAUCGUCAACUGGAAAUUUGCGACUUGCUAACGACAAUCCAAUAAUAACAAUUCCAGAUGGCCAAAUUCAAGGUACCAAGGAGCAAACUAUAAUGCAAACAACUUUUUACGCCUUUAGAGGAAUUCCUUUUGCUAAACCACCAGUUGGUGAUUUGCGAUUCGCUCCACCAAAGAAAAAUGACCCAUGGAUAGGGAUUCUCAAUGCAACUGCUGAUAGAGAUCGGUGUCCUCAAAUAAAUUCAGGGACUGUAGUAGGUUCAGAAGAUUGUCUUCACCUGAGUGUGUGUACACCAGAUUACAAAGGAAAUUUUCCGGUAAUGGUUGAAAUCUACGGAGGUAGCUUUGAGACUGGAACGUCCAAUUUCAAUUCAUAUAGACCAGACUAUCUUCUUGCUAAAGAUGUUGUGUAUGUUGCCUUAAAUUAUAGAAUUGGAAUUCUAGGAUUUCUUAGCACUGGCGAUAUGGUAUGUCCAGGAAAUAAUGGUCUCAAGUACCAAAUUUUAGCCUUAAAGUGGGUGAAAAAAUAUAUUAAAUAUUUUGGAGGAGACCCAAAUAGGGUUACUGUUUUCGGACAAAGCGCUGGUGGGGUUUCCAUUGCAUAUCUUGUACAAAGUCGUUUGGCUAAAGGUUUAUUUCAUAGAGGAAUUAUGCAAAGUGGUUCAAGUUUAUGCGCUGCGGGAUUAACGCUAGAAGCACCAAAAAGAGCAUUUGAAAUUGGCGAAUUAUUGGAAAUAAAAACCACAAAUUCUUCGGUUCUUGUUGAAAAUUACAGACAAGUUAAGGUAACAGACUUAUUAAGUGUACAAACUAUUUACACUACUAAGUUUUUUCUAUCUGAUAUCCUAACAAGACCAUUACCAUUUGGCCCUGUCCAGGAGCACCAUCAUCCGGAAGCAGUCUUUUCAGGAAACAGUUAUGAGCAGUAUUUAAAAGGAGAUUUUCAACGCAUACCUUUGAUGAUAGGCUCCACCUCUAACGAAGCCGGGCCUUUGAUUCAAAGUUUGCGUAGGUAUUAG